GUUAAAAGCCGCGAUAAGCUGGAGCGGCCCAGAAGGUGGAGACAUCCAGAUGUCAAUAAUAAGCACUCUGUCCACGAGACGUCAGAGACGCCGAGCUCUCUAAGCUGCAGCUUCUACCGAGCAGAGCAGUAUCCAAAAUGGCUCUGCUUUUUUCCAUCCUCGCGGCGUUGGUCAUCUGUGCCAUCACCGGUCUUUACAUGUUGGGGAUGUUCCGUAAAAGAAGACCCAAUGAGCCGCCAUUGGAUAAGGGCACCAUCCCGUGGCUUGGAUACGCCUUAGAUUUCCGAAACAAUAGCGCGGUAUUUUUACAGAAAAUGCAGAAAAAACACGGAGACAUAUUCACGGUCCAGAUUGCCGGCUACUAUUUCACAUUCGUAAUGGAUCCGCUAUCUUUUGCACCAAUUGUCAAGGAGGCCCGGUCGAAGCUGGACUUUGAACAGUUUGCCCAGGAACUGGUGGCCAGAGUUUUUGGCUACCAUUCCAUUUAUAACGACCACAAGGUGCUAGAAAGAUCCAGCACAAAGUAUCUCAUGGGCGAUGGAUUAGUAGUUAUGACUCAAGCCAUGAUGGAGAACUUGCAGAACCUCAUGCUCCACGAUGUCGGGUCUGGAAACGGUGAAAGGAAGUGGCACGAAGAUGGUCUGUUUAACUACAGCUACAACAUUGUCUUCAGGGCUGGUUACCUAGCGUUAUUUGGCAACGAGCCUGCGAAAAGUAAGGGGAAUCCAGAGCUGGCCAAGAAAUUUGACCGUGAUCAUUCCGAGGAGCUGUUUCACGAGUUCAGGAAGUAUGACCGCCUGUUCCCGCGUCUGGCCUAUGCUGUUCUUCCUCCAAAAGACAAACUAGAAGCCGAGAGACUAAAGAGGCUCUUCUGGAACAUGUUGUCUGUAAAGAACACCAUGCAGAAAGAGAAUAUCAGCGGGUGGAUCACCGAACAAUAUCAACACCAUAAAGAAAACGGGGUCUCGGAGCAGAUGCAAGACAGGUUCAUGUUCCUUCUUCUCUGGGCGUCUCAAGGCAACACAGGGCCGGCUUGUUUUUGGCUUCUGCUUUACCUAAUGAAGGAUCCCGAAGCCAUGAAAGCAGUGUACGCCGAGGUUCAAAGCAUUAUUAAGGAAACAGGGCAAGAAAUAAAGGCUGGAGGCCCUCUUCUGAACCUGACCAGAGACAUGCUCCUCAAGACUCCCGUUCUGGACAGUGCGGUGGAAGAGACCUUGAGGUUGACGGCCGCUCCCGUCCUCAUUAGAGCCGUCAAGGAGAACAUGAGUAUCAAGAUGGCAAACGGAAAGGAAUACGCCAUGAGGAAAGGAGAUAGGGUGGCCCUUUUUCCGUACAUCGCUGUUCAGAUGGACCCAGAGGUCCACCCCGAGCCAGAGAAGUUUAAGUACGAUCGCUUCCUUAAUGAAGACGGAACCAAGAAAAGCGAGUUCUACAAGAACGGCAAGAGGUUGAAAUACUUCACGAUGCCCUGGGGUGCAGGGUCCACAAUAUGCCCCGGACGUUUCUUUGCCAUAAACGAACUGAAACAGUUUGUUUUCUUGAUGUUGAGCUACUUUGAGUUCGAGCUUCUUAACCCAGAUGAGGAGAAUCCAGAUAUCGAUCCAAACAGAUGGGGCUUUGGAUCAAUGCAGCCGACCCGCGAUGUUCGGUUUAAAUACCGACUUCGUUACUAGCCGGAGAAAAAUAACCCACGACAAGAAUGAGGUCCCUAAGCGGCGGUCCGUAUGCCAGACUGAAAGAAAGCUGUAGGUCAGACCACGUUGGAUAAACCCGACCUAAAGCUGCAUUAACACCUGAGCGAUUGUGCACAAUGUAUAGAUCAAAGUAUCUUUUUCAUCCCAGAUGUAGUAUCCUUUCUGUGUCAUCUUCAAAGUAGCACCCGGGGCGCCCCGUGUAAUAUCUGUAAUUAUAAUGGAAUUGUUAUUUGUGAGUAUUAAUAUAUAAUACAUUAAAAAUAUAUUUGGAGUA